CAUAAUUUGAAAGCUACCAUGCAAGCGUUGUUUCUUUUGCUUCUAUUGAGUUCCGUCAGCUUAAUCAUGCCAUCGGAACUUCAAUGCUCAAACGAAGGAAUAGGACCAUGCAUUAACAACAACGAGUGCCCACCGAAAAUGACAUGCGUCGAAAGCAAAUCUGGUGGCCCAGUGUGCUGUGAGGAAGAUGCAAUCGUCAAAGUAAAGAACGCUGAAGGAAACUGAUGAAUGCAAAACAGCAUGCAGCAACAUGCAAUCCUUUGGCUUCCGAUAACGAAAAGAUACAUUCAUUUCAUUUAUUGAUUUUUCGUAAAGCGAAGUGUUGAACAAAAAUAUACUCAAUAAACAAAAGCAUUCCAAACAAGAACAUCACCAUUU